AUGGAGCCACGAUCUGGUGAGAAGCGCAAGUACGACUACAGACAAGGCCCAUACUCGAAGAAGCCACGAUACGAUAACAAACCUCACCAUCAGAAGAACGGCAAUGGUGUCUCGCGGCAAGCCACGCAUGUCGUAACACUGCCUGAUCCACUUCCACAACUACCACCGAUCUCUGAGGAGCUUACCAAGUCUACAUUCACCCACAAGAGUCAGGCUCCAAACGAUGUCUCGAAAAGCUACGACAGACUAGAGUGGCUCGGAGAUGCCUACAUCGAAGUCGCAUCCACCAGGCUCAUCUUCGCACGCUACAAGAAUCUACCUACAGGACGCUCCUGCGAUGUUCGAGAGAUGCUGGUCAAGAACGAGACUCUUAGCCAGUACAGUCUAGCCUACGGGUUCGACAAGCGAAUCAACAUCAAUCCUUCCAGCAAGCCAACAGAUGGCACCAGCCUCAUCAAACUUCACGGUGAUAUCUUCGAGGCAUACGUUGGCGCUAUCAUUCAGUCCGACCCCAUCAAGGGCUUCGAGAUUGCUGAAGACUGGCUGGCAGCGUUGUGGGAGCCACUCCUGAAAGAUGUCCAGGGAGAAGCUCCUAACAUGGUGUGGAAGGAUGAGCUACGGAGGAAGAUUGGAUCGAAGGGAGUCAAGCUCAACUAUGUGGAUGAGAGACCGGCAAUAAUUGGCAGAGGCAUCGAGACUUACUUCAUUGGUGUGUACUUGACUGGACUGGGCUACGACAACCAGCAUCUUGGCAGUGGACAAGCGUUGAACAAGAAGGAAGCCGGAAUGCAGGCUGCUGCGGCAGCUCUCAGCAAUCACCCUCUCAUCGACGAAUUGAUUGUGAAGAAGGCGAAGUUGGAUGAGGAGCGUCAGGCAGAGCGCGACAAGGAGGCCCUCAAUGGUGAUGCUCAGGAAAUCAACAUCCAAGAGGCAUGA